GUACAAAGGAAGAUUGCCCCUCGGCAGCCGCCAUAGGCCAGCCGGAAGCCUAACUUGUUGCGUUGCUUUUUUAGCAGGGCUGGAGCGGAGAGAUCCAGGAUGGCUGACGCGGCGGGUCGGGAGAGCACGCUGUGCUCCGAGCAGUUCGGCUCCGAGGCCGCGCGGAGCUGCCGCGCGGCGGCGGACGGCAGCCUGCAGUGGGAGGCGGGGGGCUGGCCCUGGUGGAGGAUCUCCCACGCCUUCACCCCGAAACGCGAAGGAGCCGAGCGGGGCGGCAGGGGGCCCCCCAUGGCCGCGAUGCCGCCCCUCUCGGGCCUCAAGGCCGUGUUGCUGCCCCAGGGCUUCCCGGACAGCGUCAGCCCCGACUACGUGCCGUACCAGACGUGGGACUCGGUGCAGGCCUUCGCCUCCAGCCUCUCCGGCGCCCUGGCCACCCACGCGGUCAUGCUGGGCUUGGGGGUGGGGAACGCGGAGGCCUCCCUGGCGGCCGCCACGGCCACCUGGCUCGUGAAAGAUUCGACUGGCAUGCUGGGCCGCAUCGUCUUUGCCUGGUGGAAAGGGAGCAAGCUGGACUGCAACGUGAAGCAGUGGCGACUUUUUGCUGAUAUCCUCAAUGAUGCAGCCAUGUUCCUCGAGAUUGUGGCCCCUGCGCUCCCGUUCUAUUUCACUGUGACCGUCAGCACCAGCAACCUGGCCAAGUGCAUUGUGAGUGUGGCUGGCGGGGCCACUCGGGCUGCACUGACCGUGCACCAGGCCCGGAGAAACAACAUGGCCGACGUGUCAGCCAAGGACGGCAGCCAGGAGACGCUGGUGAACCUCGCGGGGCUCUUGGUCAGCCUUGCGAUGCUUCCUCUGGUGUCCGGCUGCCCGAGCCUCAGCCUCGGAUGUUUCUUCCUCCUCACUGCCCUCCACAUCUAUGCCAACUACCGGGCGGUGCGUGCCCUCGUCAUGGAGACCCUGAAUGAGAAGAGGCUCCAGCUGGUCUUGAAGCACUUUCUGCAGAGGGGGGAGGUACUUGACACCGCUUCAGCCAAUCAGAUGGAGCCGCUCUGGACAGGUUUCUGGCCGUCGCUGUCUCUGUCGCUAGGAGUUCCUCUACACUGCGUGGUCUCCAGUGUCUCCGAGCUGCAGCAGCUGGUUGAGGGGCACCAAGAACCCUAUCUGCUCUGCUGGAACCAGUCACGAAACCAGGUGCAGGUAGUUCUGAGCCAGAUGGCAGGCCCGGAAGCAGUCCUAAAGGCUGCCACCCACGGGCUGCUGCUGGGAGCCCUGCGGGAAGAUGGGCCCCUUCCACGAGAGCUGGAGGAACUGAGGAGCCGGUUACGGGCAGGUCCUGGGAACGAUAGCUGGGCCAUCGUCAGGGAGAGCUAUGGAGUGCUGGACAGGCUGUUCCCCACGUUUUUGGAAGGCCUGCGGGCCACCGGCUGGCAGACCGAGAAGCACCAGCUCGAGGUGGACGAGUGGAGGGCUACGUGGCUCCUGUCUCCGGAAAAGAAGGACUUGUGAGCAGCUGCGGUGGGGCCCAGGACGGGAGCCUGGCGUGUAGGCCACAGCAGGACACGGGAAGAGCGACUUUAUUUAUGCUUAGGCUGCAGCAGGGUGGCCAAGGCCUCCGAGGAAACGACUGCCGGUCAGGUGCACUGGGCCCCAGGCAGAGAGGAAGCAGGGAGGAGGAGGACCGGGGCCUUCCCACCCUUGCCCGUUCUCCUUUUCGGAGGACCGCUGCAGGCUCCCCACCCCCACUACUGUGAGGCUGAACCCUGCUCCAUUGUGGCUUAGGUGUCCAACGCAUUUGCCUUCAUGCAUAAAAGCCCCACAGGAACACGG